AUGAGCAGCACCAUGAAUGCUACAACGUGCUCUCUUUUAUCAGCUGGCGUCGUCACACCCCUGAGCGAGCUGAGUCUGAUGCUGGCCUUGGUCAACCUGGUAACGCACGUGCCCUUCGACAGCCUCCCCGUGCUCCGAGACUAUGAGCUCAGCCAUCUCCGGAAGCAAUACGACUACGUCAUUGUGGGCGGUGGAUCUGCGGGCUGCGUGAUCGCGAACCGGCUCUCAGCAGACCCAAGCGUCACGGUGCUUCUACUUGAGGCCGGAGGACUGGAGACCGCAACGCGGCAAAUCCCGCUGGUAGCACCCUUCAACAUCAGAGGCCACGACGACUGGGAUUACUGGAGCACACCGCAGAAGAACGGUGUCUUCUCUUACCGAGACCAGCGGCUCUCUCUCUCACGCGGCAAGGUGCUCGGCGGCAGCAGCGUUCUGAACUACAUGUACUACACCCGGGGCCAUCCGCGCGACUUCGAUCGAUGGGCGAACAAGUACGGAGCGAAAGGCUGGGCCUACGAGGACGUCCUGCCGCACUUCAAGGCCAUCGAGGACUUCCGCGCGCAAACGCCAGACGGCUGCUCUCGCCUGCAGACGAACGUGGCAAACGGAGAGCGCUAUAGCUCGAGCAAGGCCUUCAUACAGCCAGUCGUCAGGAGAAGGAAGAAUUUGCACGUCGCACUGUUCAGCCAUGCCACGAAGGUUAACUUCGAAGGAGGUCGCGCCGUGGGCGUAGCGUUCACAAGGUUCGGCCAACCACAGAACGUGUCUGCAGGGAAAGAGGUGAUUCUCUCUGCAGGAACCGUAGGAUCCGCUCAACUGUUGCUGCUCUCCGGUGUGGGACCUCGAGAGGAUUUGGAGCGCCUACAGAUACCAGUGGUCGCAGACCUUCCAGUUGGGCGAAACCUGCAGGACCAUGUAGCUGUAAUUAUGGGCCUGCCAGUCAGCACCGAUGUGGCUGCAGCAAUACCGCCAUUUGGCCUGGAAGACAUAGCGCAGUACUCUAACAACAGAACCGGCAUCAUAUCAAUACCGUCGAGUUCCGAGUUCGUCCAGUUCCUGCACAGCGACUAUGUGUCGGAUGACGAGAGCCCUGACGUCGAAGUGGCAGUAAUUUCUGCGUCGUCAGCUAGUCAAGCAUUGAAGUCAUUGUUCGAACGCAUAGGCCUGCUACCAGAGGCAUUUGACAGCUUUAUUGGGCCAACAAACGGCCAGCCUGGAUUUCGGUUGGCGCCUGUUAUAAACCGACCAAAGUCCCGAGGCUCAAUUUCUUUGAGAUCCACAGAUCCCAACGACCAUCCAGCUAUUGACCCACGCAUCUUAGAGCACCCGGACGAUAUCAAAGCUGUCGCUCAAGGCAUGUAUACUGUGUCAACAUAUGAAACUAGUCCCUACGCGUCCUUCAUGCACUCGACGCUCUACAACAGAAAUAAAAGCACAAAGAAGUUCAUCGACAAGAUGCUGAGCACGGAUGCUAUGAAGAGUAUCGGUGCCAGGAUGUGGAAUGUUACUUUCCCUCCGUGUGCUGGGGCAGGACCCCUCUGGAGUCAGGGCUACAUUGAAUGCGUGUUCCGGCACUUCGGCCAAACGGUGUGGCAUCUGUGCUGCACUGUGGCCAUGGGUACUCACCCUGAGGCGGUCCUGGACGAACGCCUACGGGUCCGUGGCAACGUGACUGGUCUGCGCGUUGCCGAUGCCUCCGUGAUGCCCGACAUUGUGAGUGGUCACACAAACGCGCCGAGCAUGAUGAUCGGAAGCAAGGCGGCAGCCAUGAUUAUAGAGGACAACGCACUUUCCCGCUGAGGAGAAAUAUCCGGCACCAGCGGCAACGGGGAAAAUCGCUGCUAAGCUAAGUUUGAGCUCGGACACUGAGCCACUGUCGACAUCACUGUCACCCAGCCGAGGCACAUGAUGCGUACAACAGCGUCUUGUGAGAAUAAA